AUGGAUGCAGGAGGAGGAAGGUGUGGGUAUGGAGAUUUAGUGUUGAAACCUCCUUUCUCUUCUCUGACUGUAUCUUUAAGAAACCCCUUUCACUCCAUACCUAGUAGGGGCUGUGGAGCUUGCUUGCAGGUGAAAUGUACAUCAAACCCACUGUGCUCAGGCAAGUCAGUGAGAGUGGUUGUAACAGAUCAUCAUAAACCUGAAGGUCCAUCCAUGUCUACCACAAGUCAUUUCCAUAUUAGGCCUCCUUUGGCAAAGGCUCUUCAUUCAAAUGUUUGGCUUAGUGGAACUGCAUUUGGUGCCUUGGCGAAUCCAGGUGAAGAAGACCAACUUCGAAGUUCAAAACUACUACAAAUUCAAUAUUCACGUGUGCCAUGUGAUUAUUCAGGAACCACCAUAGCUUUACGGGUUCUUCCCGGGUCAAUCCAUAACAAACUCGGGUUGGCAAUUCAAUCCCCAAAAAGUGACAUUGUAAGAAUUGAUCUAAAGGAGGCAUCAAGGGGAUCAGAUGAAUCAUCAGAAUGGAAGCCUAUGCAAAAAUUAUUGGGUGGUGUUUGGCAGUUCGUUUCCGGGUCGGCAUUACAAGCUCCAAUUUCGAUUCGAUUGAGGUCCAGUAACUCUAGUCGGACCAUGGUUGCGGACGCUGUGAUCCCGGGUGGGUGGCAACCCGGUUCAACUUAUCGAUCUUUGGCUACCUCUGAAUCUCAUUUGGUUUGAAGUGGUCAUGCAUAGUUGAUGAUGGUGGUUGGUUUGUAUUAUCGCACAACCAAGUACGUGGGCAAUAAGUUUAUGAAGAUAAAUAAUAAAUAGUGGUGAUUGUCACCUUCCAAUGUUGGGGUUGGCUUAGACCACAUAAUAAUGCAAACUACAAGAUGGUGACUUUUUAUUUACAAAUAAAAUUUACACCUGUUUAAUUAUCAAGAUUAACAGUGAUAAGAUUAAUAGUUUAUGAAAUUGGUGUAAAAUUAAUUAUUUUACUAGAUUAAUGAGAUAAUUAA